CUGCUAAGGCAACGGUCGGCAAUCCCACACAAGGCCAGAAAAGCAAACCAAUCAGAUGGCCGGCGCAAGCGCUUCCUUCUCCCCAAUCCAGCAUAUUCCACCUAUCCGCCGGAAUAUUCUUUCACGCGGUCUCUCCUCCAUGUGCACCCGCCUCCCCUGGGCCGCGCCCAUGGCGUGCGCGCCUGACGCCGCCCCCGAACUUCUCCAGGCGGCAAAGCUCACUGUGGAUAAUUAUGUAAGGAGUGGUAUGGUGGUUGGUUUGGGGUCUGGACGUGCAUCUGGUUUGGCUAUACAAUACUUGGGCAGGCGUAUGCGAGAUGGAGCUUUGAAAGAUAUUGUCGGAAUCCCGAUGUCUGUUUCCAGUGCAAGCGAAGCAGCGAAAUCAGGAAUUCCAAUGGACCACUACAAAGAUAAUCUUCAAAUUGAUUUUGCAUUUGAUGAUGCUGAUAUAAUUGAAGAGGGAACGCUAAAUGCUGUCAUUGGUCGACGAAAAUUGGAGGGUGGUGAGUCCAUAAUUCAAGAAAAGGUAAUUUAUAAUGCUCCAUGGUGGCCCUUUAAAAGGAAUGGAGGUUGUAGUUGCCUGCAGGUUUCAGCAUGCACAUGUUCCCAUGUGUCUAUUGUAAAAACAGCCAGUAAACUUGCCUUCAUUGUUUCUGACAAACAAUAUACCAGAGAUCUUGAUGGAUCCAUUCCAGUCUUAAUUAAUAGUGGUAAUUGGAUAGAAACUGCUGAAGAAAUAGAUGACUUGUUUCUAGGAGAUGCAGAGGUAUGGAGAAGACCAACUUCUGGACCUGCAGGUCCACUCGGAGGCGAUUUUCCUUUAGUAACUAAAGAGGGACACCACAUUCUUGAUGUCAUUUUCACAUCACCAAUACUUGACUUAGGUCAAGUGGCAGAGAGCCUGAGUCACAUCGAUGGAGUUGUGGACCAUGGAGUAAUAUUUGGCAUUCCAUGCACUGUGAUAAUUGCUUCUAAGGACGGAAUACAAGUAGCAGACAAUUUGGCCAAAAGCUCGGUCAUUGAUAAAUUAUGAUGCAGAGGCAAGAGAGAAAUCAAAGCUGGUCUAUAUGGUGAACUGAAGGGAGUCAUAUUGAUAAUUCAAAGGGAUUUGAGCAAUGAUUAGAGAUUCCAUGGCAUAGGUAGGCUUAAAGCAGAUGCCAAAAUGGGUGUUAUUAUUGUCUUUACAUGUUAUGAUGGGCUUAUGUUGCGUUGUUGAUCAAAGAAAAUCCAGUCAAUGUGUGGUUAUAUCUAUUUUGAUAAGUUUAAGCAAAGUUUUGCAGAUUCUAUGUUAAUGUAUAUCAAUGAAGAAAAUGCAUUUAGAAGGUUUAA